AUGUAUUCUAAAGCCAUAGUUUUGGAUGAAUAUUGCCCCCAAGACCCAUCUGUUUCAAUUCCUCUACCGGAAGGAUCAACAAUAUAUAUAAAACCUCAUCAACAAGAGGGAUGGUUAAAAUUUAAAGGAAGGAUUAUUGGUAUUGAAGAUGUACCCGGAUCAACUAUCAUUACUUUAAAGAAGAAUGGCAUUGAACAAAAUGUUAAAAUAAUUAAGGGUUUAAUUCCCAAAGAUUUUGUCAAGACUCUUUUGGAUGGUGAAGAGUAUAACCCAGUGAAAGAUAGGAAUUUCAGGGAUUUCUGUGAGUUUUAUUACAUUACUGUGCAAAGAGUUUCAAGACCGGAUGAAGACAAUCCAGAAAAUAUAUAUAUUGAUAAGUUAAAUGAAUUUAAAGAAUUAAACAAUGACAAUAAAGUGAUUGCUUUUUUUAAAGAAUUCCCAUUUCCAGAUUCAUUAUACAAAAAAUACGAAUUAAAAUAUAAAAAGUUUUUAUUGUUAUUAUUAAUUAAAGUCUAUUCAAUAACUGCUGAUAUUAAAGCUUUUAAUUUUGGUUGGGCAUUUAAUGUGGUUUCAGAAUAUUUACCAUUUAAAUUAAGUGAGGAUUACCUAAAUACAAUUAAAGAGAUGCCAUUUAUCAGUGACAACAAUAAUCAGUUUACAUUCUUUUGGUUUAUAAUACUAGAGAAUUUCAACGAAACCAAACAACUAAUCCCAAAAAUGUUUUCACAGUUUUCAUGGCAAUUCUACUUAAGAUUUCAUAUAAAUCUUGAAGCUAUAAUCUCAAAAAACCCAAAUUACCAAGUUUUUUUUAAUAGUUUUUUGGAAAAUUGCCAUAAUAAUCUUCAAUUAAAUGAAUCUCAAAAUUUUGAAAAUUUCAGAUUUAUUAUAGAUUAUAUCAGUGAUAUUUUAUAUAAAAUCGAUAUCAUAGGAUAUGAAGAAGAACUUUCUUCUAAUGCAAUAUCAGCCAAACUAUUUGAGGAAGGAUCAUUGCAAUUUAAAUGUCUUUUAUUAUCAAUUCCAAAGUUUCAAGGUUACAUUGAUGAAAGAGUAAAAUUAUUGUGCCAAUUGUUUAGUGAAGAUUAUAACAUUUUUUUUAAUCUAAUUCAAUAUUAUCAAAAAAAUCAACACAUGGAAAUAGUCAAACUUUCAAUUGCAAAGAUUAUUAGUGACGAAAAUCAAAAUGUAUUUUCAUUAAAACAAUUCACAAAGGAAUAUCAAAGAGAAAUUGGUGAAGCUUUAACUCCAAAAUCAUUUCGUUCAUUGUUGGUUUUUUUAACCCAUAAUAUUAAAAAUUUAGACAAACCACACGAAAGUACCCUCCAAAACUUAGGUAAAGUUUAUUUAUUAAACAGAAUCAAUAUCACAGGAAUUGAAGCAGAAGAGUUUAUUGAAAUACUUAAAAUCUCACUAGAGCCAAAGUUUGAGGAUUUUUUUAAAAUUUUAAAAUUCAAGGCUUCAUUAAUCGUCAAUAUAGAAAGGUAUUUCAAGGAGAAUCAAAAAGAAAGAGUAAAAUUAGAUCAAUUUAUAAAUAGUAUCAAAAUUCCAAAGUACAAGUUAGCAGAUCCUCACUAUCGGGUUUUUAAUAAUCUUUUAGCAAAAGCUGGCGUUUUUAUUACAGGUAAAGAUGUAAUUUUACAAAAAGAAGUCGAGAAAAGAACUUCUGUUGUCAAAAAUUAUAGUUAUGUUUUACAGGUCUUUAAUUAUAUGUUCAAAUAUCAAACCUCAGCUUACACCAUUUCAGUUUUCAGAGAGCUUAAUCAUAUUUUGAAUGUUAUAGAUGAACUCCAACAAUUCCAUCAAAAUCUAUUUUUAAAGACCAAAAUUGAUUAUGAACUUUUUUCCACCCAUAUCAAAGAGUUUGACAACUGGUCUCAAAGAAUCCAAAGUGUUAUAGGUGAUGCCAAAUUAAGAAUUCUAGAAGAUAACAUUGAUAGAGAAGAGAAUCAAACUGAAAAGCUCAUUUUAAAUAGGGAUGAUAUCAAAUAUUCAAAAAAUUUAGUAGAAUCAUUAUGGAAGAUUUUAGAUAGUGACAAGGUUUCCAAAAAUGAAACCCAAUACAGUUAUUAUAUUCGUUAUAUAUUAGAAUCAAUAGAGUUAUCACAAUUACCAAACGACCUACUUUCAAAAUCAAAACCAGAUUCUUUAACACUUUUAGAAUCUAUUAAAAAAACGUCAGAGACCAAAGCUGAUCCAGCAGAAGAAUUCAUCGAAUUUCCAAAUACAAUCAAUUUAUUAUUCGAUUCGAUUUCAACAUUAUUCAUUUAUUUACACCAAGUUUUUGUAUGGUACUAUCAAAGAAGAUCAGAAUCUGACCAAUAUAUGAUCAUUAAACCCGAGUCAACUCUUGUAAAACAAUUUUUAGGACACAAUGUAUCAACAGUUAAAAAUAUUUUUAGUCAAAUGCAUAGAAUCGUUUCAUUUUUUGAUUUCUGUGAAAGUCAAAAAACUUUCUCAGAGUGUUUAUCAAAUAUCAAUUACUUCAAACCAUUAUGUAUGUUUAAAUCAGACGACAUAAACAAAGAUAUAUUACGGGAUGUUUCAUUAGCUAUAAGCGCAAAACCAAAUCCAUCAGAAAAAAAAACAGUAAUACUUAAAUAUUUUAUUGAAAAAAUUGAAAAACAUUCAAUAGAGAAUCACCGUCACGAAUUUAACGAUUUCAUUAAGUACUUAAAAUAUAUGAUAAAUAUCAAAUAUUCUAAAAUUGAAAAAGAAGGAUAUAAAAUUAAUCGACUGUACCAAAGAGAAGAGGAAGAAGAUGAUGAUAAAGAAGCUAUAGAAAAAAAAGAGAAAGAAGAGAAAGAAAAAGAAGAAGAAGAAAUAUUCAAUCUUAACACAGAAAAAGAAGAUUCAAUAAAAGUUUAUAUAGUCGAAAUCAUUACAUUAAUAGUAGAUAUGUAUAUUGCAGAACCAUUAUUCUGUACACAUGGUCCAUUGCAUGAUCUUGUCAAUUAUUUAUGGGAUGUUUUAACAAACAAAGGCAGCAAAGAUUCAAUAUUUGAUACUGAAAAGGUAGCCUUAAUCGAAGAAGAAUCCCAUAGCGAUUUGUCUGAAAGCUUCUCUAUAUCUUCAAUCACUGUCUCAGAGAGUGGAGAAAAUACCGAUAAACCACAUUCCAACAAUGGUAAUAAUAAACAACCAAGACCAACAACAUCAUAUGAACAAACAAAAUCUAAAAGAUUAAUCAAAAAAGUUUUGGGUAAAGAGUUAAAAGAAGAUUUGGGUAAAUCAAAAGAACAAAUAGAUUUAGAAUUACAAAUGGCUGGUAUUCCAAACUAUAAGAUCACAGACUAUGAAGAGGGUAAAGAAAUGUUACUGUUUGCAUUAUAUUUAAAUAAAGGUAAUUUUAAGUGUUGGCUCUAUUUAGCAAGAUAUCUAAGAAAUGGUGAUUCAGUUUUAGUUCCAGAUGAAGGUAUGUGUUCAAAGCUCCAUUUACUCCAACUCAUAAGCAACAAGAUACCAAAAAUUGAAAAAAAUAGGGUCUAUUUAGAGUCAAUUCCCCACGAAAUUAAUAGAAUUGUGGAUAUUAAAAGUUGGACUAAAAAAGAUGUUUGCAAUUGGUUAGAGAAAAAUUCAAUUUUAAAAGAAUUUGUCCCAAACUUCAAAGAUAUCAACGGUGAACAAUUACUUAAUAUUUACAAAUUAAAUCAAUAUAACAAAUAUUUAAAAACUUUAGGUUCUAAAAAAAAUUUUAUACACCAAAUGAAUUUAGUUUUAUAUCCAAAUAAUUUUAUUAAAUUAACAGAUUCAAUAGUAUCAAGCGAAAUUUUAAAUUUAGAUUGCAGCCAAAUAAAACAGCUUUUAAAUGAUCAAAAAUUUUCGAGUUCGGUAGUUUACGGUUUCCAAGCUCAAAAAAUUAAUGGAAUUGCAUUUCUUUCUUUAGAAGAAUCAGAUUAUAAUGAUUUGGGUAUAGUGGAUAAUAAUGAAAAAGAAAAAUUAAAAAUUUUAAUAAAUUCAUUUUUUAAUAAUAAUAACAAAAAUAAUAAUAAUAAUAAUAAUAAUAAUAAUAAUAAUAAUAAUAAUAAUAAUAAUAAUAACAAAACUAGGAUAUGCUCAUACUGUAAGGUAGCCAUAUUAGAGAUUGAAUAUCACAUUCAUUUAGAGUUAUGUUCUAAAAUAGAUCAAAUGAAUGAAGAUAAUUCUUCCUAAGUUUAAAUUUCUUUUAAAUAAAAUCAUUUUA